CCUGCAGUCAGCUGUUUCUUCCAACUGUUUCACUUGCACAACAAUUUGCGGUGUUUUUCCGUAUUUUUCAUUAAAAGAUUUCCCCUAUUUACUGAAACAAAAUGCGCCUGACCAACGUUCUGCUGAAGAAGGUGAAAAGCAAGCGCAUAAUGGUUGUGCUGGAGAGCGUGGUCAGCGGGCACCAGUACAAUGCCUUCCGGGACCGUCUGGCGGACAAGUUGGAAAUAAUUCGCUUCGAUCCUUACAUUCAAAAGGAGAGCCUGUACCGCGAACGCAAGAAAAUCCGUAGCGCCUAAAGUUAGAGAACCCCACUUGUUAGUUACCCAAAUAUAUAUUAUACCCAAACUAAAU